AUGGCACCUCUCCCACUACCAGGAUUCUCAUCAUUCACCAAGUCAUGGCACUCUGAGCCAUAUCCAUUCAUCUCGCCCACAAGACCAGAGCUCUCAGCUGCUGGCAAGAACAUUGUUAUCACUGGUGGAGGCACUGGAAUUGGUCAAGCCACUGGCAUCGCUUUUGCACAAGCUGGCGCCAAAUCCAUCGCCAUUGUCGGUCGACGACUUGAGCAGCUUCAGACCUCGGCAAAGGAGAUCCAGGCAGUCAAUCCUUCAACACAAGUCCUGUUUGAAUCAGCAGACGUAACUAAACUUGAGUCCAUAAGCACCGCGAUGAAGAACAUCGUUGCGAAGCUUGGCAAAAUCGACAUUUUCAUUGCCAAUGCAGGCAUGUUACCAAAAGCUGGUCCAGUCUACGGCUAUGACGAAGCUCAGCUCCGCCAAGGGUUUGAGAUAAAUGUCAUUGGCGUCUUCAACUCCCUUCAAGCAUUUCUCCCCCUCGCAGCCCCGAGUGCAAAGGUCAUCUACGUCGGCUCUGGCAUAGGCCACUGGGCCCCAAUGGCAGAAGUCCCUGGUGUGUUUAGUUACGCCGCAGCCAAAGCAGCUGCUUUAAAGAUGGUUGACUACUUCGCGUUCGAGAACCCCAACAUCCAUGUCGUCAGCAUCCAACCUGGGAUCAUUGCAACAGAAAUCAAUCCCGAUCUGAGUGUCGGUUUCGAUACAGUGGAGUUGCCAGCUCAUUUUAUGGUAUGGCUUGCGUCAGAGGAAGCUGGCUUCUUGAGGGGUAAGUUCGCCUGGGCGAAUUGGGACGCCCAAGAGCUACUGGAGCAGGCAAAGGAGAUCGAAUCGACUAGACUUUUGAGUGUCACUCUGAAUGGGGUUGAUAUGUAG